UGCUGAACUGAGCGGAGGUGAAGAAGAGGAGGAUGAAGCUGGGAGCGGAGGAUGGGAGGAAGAGUGGAGUAAGAGACAGGCUAGCUGUGUGUGAAUGAGUGAGUGAGUGAGGAAGAGGAGAGGAAGGUCGUCGGAGGGACCGACAACAAAGACUUGAAUAUUUUGGGGAUAACCUCCGGAACAUUACUAACGGAAACUUUCAACUUUUUACCCGCCACAUCUCGGCUUGUUGUGUCCGGAGCCGGCUUUGUUUCACGGCGGGGGUGUCUACGAUAAAUGAAGGAAUAAAAUAGAUCCCCAUCGACCUUUUUCCACCCAAGCGGGGAAUACCCUGGGACUGCUUUUGAUAAAGGUUACGAGAGAAUGGCGGCCAACAUGUACCGAGUGGGAGAUUAUGUGUACUUCGAGAACUCAUCCAGCAACCCUUACCUGAUCCGUAGAAUAGAAGAGCUCAACAAGACAGCCAAUGGGAAUGUGGAGGCGAAGGUGGUGUGUCUGUUCAGGAGGCGAGACAUCUCAGGAAACCUCAACACCCUGGCUGACAGCAACGCAAGAGAGUUUGAAGAGGAGUCGAAGCAGCCGUCGCUGUCAGAACCACAGAAACACCAGCUAAAACACAGAGAACUCUUCCUGUCUCGACAGUUUGAAUCUCUACCUGCGACUCACAUACGGGGGAAAUGUAACGUCACCCUCCUCAAUGAAACAGACGUCCUGGCCGGCUACCUGGAAAAAGAGGACUGUUUCUUCUACUCGUUGGUGUUUGACCCUGUCCAGAAGACCCUACUUGCGGACCAGGGCGAGAUCCGAGUGGGCUCUAAGUACCAGGCCGAGAUCCCUGACAAGUUAGCUGAGGGUGAAUCGGACAACAGGAUCCAGGAGAAGCUGGAGACCAAGGUGUGGGACCCCAACAACCAGCUCAAAGACCCUCAGAUCGACCAGUUCCUGGUGGUGGCAAGAGCUGUGGGGACCUUUGCUCGGGCCCUGGACUGUAGCAGCUCCAUCCGCCAGCCCAGCCUCCAUAUGAGUGCGGCUGCAGCCUCCAGAGACAUCACACUGUUCCACGCUAUGGACACGUUGCAGAAGAACAACUAUGACCUGGCCAAAGCCAUGUCCACCCUGGUUCCUCAGGGGGGUCCGGUGCUCUGCCGUGAUGAGAUGGAGGAGUGGAGCGCCUCAGAGGCCAUGCUGUUUGAAGAGGCUCUGGAGAAAUACGGCAAAGACUUCAAUGACAUCCGCCAGGACUUUCUGCCCUGGAAGUCUUUAGCCAGUGUGGUCCAGUUCUAUUACAUGUGGAAGACUACAGACCGCUACAUCCAACAGAAACGACUAAAGGCAGCAGAGGCAGACAGUAAGCUGAAGCAGGUGUACAUCCCCACCUACACCAAACCCAACCCCAACCAGAUCAUGGUGCCAGGCAGCAAGCCCGGUAUGAACGGGGCAGCAGGCUUUCAGAAAGGACUCAGCUGUGAGAGCUGCCACACGGCUCAGUCUCCUCAGUGGUAUGCCUGGGGGCCUCCCAACAUGCAAUGCAGACUGUGCGCCUCCUGCUGGAUCUACUGGAAGAAGUAUGGAGGCCUGAAGACCCCCACACAACUAGAGGGUGCUGCUAGAGCUGGCUCUGAGGCAGGCCCCCGCAGUCACAUGACACGCCAGGAGGUCCAGGGCAUGUCACCGUUCACCCGCAACGAGGGUCGAGCCAAGCUGCUGGCCAAGAACCGCCAGACGUUCAUCCUGCAGACCACCAAGCUGACCCGCAUUGCUCGACGGGUGUGUGAGGACAUCCUGCAGCCUCGCCGUGCUGCACGAAGGCCCUAUGCCUCCAUCAACGCCAACGCUGUAAAGGCUGAGUGUAUGAUCAGGCUGCCCAAAGCCACAAAAACCCCUCUGAAGAGCAAGUUGGUGCCUCGACAGUCACUGGCCAACAUAGUGAAGGAUUUGGCCAUCUCAGCUCCUCUGAAACUGAAGGCAUCCAGAGGACCCCCGACACCCAUCAACAGGAAUCAGGCCAGCCAGCCUCGCGUGGGCCAAAGCUUGCUGGGAAAGAGAGGCUUUGACAGUGCUACAGGGGUGCCCUACCCAGCCAAUGGGAGGCCGUAUACUUCAGGUAUGAGGACCACCUCGCAGUCGGUCAUCAAGCGGCAGAAGGUCAGCCAGGGGGAGGCUCCCAACCCUGUGGUGUUCGUGGCUACAAAGGACACCAGGGCUCUGAGGAAACAUCUGACCCAGUCAGAGAUGCGUCGGGCAGCGAGGAAACCUCAUCUCCUAGUCCGCAUCAAACUGCCGCCGCCCCCCCGCUCCCUGGCCAUGCCCCUGCUCCCCUCCAGCACCAGCGAACCCAUCGUCCUGGAGGACUGAGGGGGAGGGACAGCAGGGCCUUUUAACAGGACAUGGGGGUCGGGUGGGAGUCAAGGAGGGUCUGUGCUCAAGCUGUCACUUGACAGGCAGCACAGUACGCCAUACCAGUAGUCUUUUAUUUUCCCUCUUUCCAGUGUCAUUUUUCUUUAGUCCUCUGUUAUUUCCCAAAAGUUGAUGUGUCCAACACACACACACACACACACACACACACAAGCACUUAAACGACUGUACAUUUCCAUCAUAUUAAAUACACACAUCAGCACACUGACACUCACAUCUUGGGCUUUGUAGUAUUUUAUUCAGAUCCUGGAUUUUUUUGCUCCCCUUUUCAAUACCGCCUGUUUUUAAAUGUGUAAUUUAAAUCAAGAUAUUUCUCAUCCUGAAACAAUGGUGACAAAGCACACUUUGUUUUUCCUCCACGGCUCUAUCUUUGUGUAAAUAUAUGCACCAUUAAAGGGGUGACACCUGCAGUAUGUGAGGAGAACGGGGGGUGGGGAGGUGGAAAGGGGAGAGCUGUAGCUGGCCGAAGGUCGAAUUUGAUUUCACUGAUCCGCUCUGCUACUCCAUUAAUUGUAGAUCAUUGACUGUAUGCUCAUGUGCAGUGGUGAAGUUGAGACUUGUUGACAGAGCUGCCCUCUGUCAGCGUGGACUCAGUGUUUGAUUCAUUUACUGCAAGUUUUCUUUACUGAGUUUGUAACUUGUCGAUUUUCCCAUCAUCAGCAAGGAGACAAAUACAGCCUGUCACAGGGGUUAAUGAAUCCUGACGGGUCGAGUCCUCCCCUGCACCUCAGUCCCUCAGUGUCAACAGUAUUGAGUGAGCACAAAACAGCUUGAGUAGUGAGAACGUCAAGGUUAUGUGUGUGUGUGCAGAGACAGAAUAAAAGUGUAGACAUAGUGGUAAUAGAAUAGAUUUAGUGGGCUGUUUUUGGGAUUGUUGCAGCCUUUUAAAAAAAAUGUUUUCAUGGCAUCUUAAAAAAAAAAGAGAUUGCGAUGCUAGUUGCAAUGUUAUAGGCGUUCUUGUGCAAUGAAAUUUCGGGGCAAGACAAUUCAGCUGUUGAUGCCAGUGGACGCAGCAGUAAAGUACCAUUUCCGUGAGCCGCUCUCCUCCUGCUCUCUCAGCCUGGUUGGCACAAGCUAACACGGUACACAGUGAUCUCAUUCCUGCUCACCAUUUUUUGCCACUUGAGCAGAAGCCUUGCAGCAGCAGGUAGCAUCCAAAACUAAGUUGUUAAUCUCACACCGACACCAAAACGGUUAAACGCUGUCAUUAAUAACAGUUUGCUAAUGUUAGCCAUGUGAUGCUAACAGUUUGCCCUGUCAAUGUGUGUGUGUGACACUCUGUUCUACAGAGCUCUGGUCCUGCAGCAGUAGUCUCAUGAUAAACAGAAAGAAAGUAGGGGUUGAGCGAGUCAUAAUGCUGGAAGCAGUUCUACAAUUAAAUGAGGUUUUACUAGUUUUAAGAAGUCAAAUUUGUGGUAAAGUUGCUGUGAUUGGACAAAAGUGCAAGGUUGCGCAGAAUUCACAGGGAUUGGCUGUAAUUGUUGUUGUGAUUGCAACAUUGUGGAAAGAACUGGAAAUCAGUGUUCUGACAGGUUGUAUCACUCAUACAAAAUCAAAAAUGCCACCCAGUGCCUUUUGGGUAACAUCAGUGUCAAGGCUGCAACUCACCGUUAUUGUCAAACUAAUCUGCUGAUCAUCUUAAAAAAAUUUAAAAAAAUAUAUAAAAAAUUCAAAGCCAAUCACAGUUUUCCAAAACCCAAGGGGUGUCUUCAAAUUGCUGUUUUUGAGCAACCAAUAGUCCAAACCCCAGAUAUUCAGUUUAGUCUGACUGAAUCAAAUAAUGAGUCAUCAAAAUUGUUGAAGUAAAUCCGGUCCUAACAGCCACAUCAUGUUAACCUAAAAUUGUUGAUAAUCGCCAAAAAGGUGGAAAAAUGAACCAACUUUCUAUUGUUUGUACAGCCUGAACUGAAUCCUGGCUUAACUGCUCAGAUUUUUGUGCUCAUUUGAUAGUUUUGUCACUAAUAACCUUCCAUACCGUCUCCAUCUUCACCAGGCUUAACAAUAUCCUUCUUCAAAAACUGAAUAAGGGUUGUUGAUGCAGUCAAGCCACAUUUCGUCUCCUGUCACUUCAUGCUUUUAUAGCCACUUUUUGUCCAUUUGAAGAGAGAAGUUCCCUGGCUCCUGUUCUCUUGGCCUCACCCUGAUACGUUUGAACAGGCUGUCUGGAAUCUAAGGGGAGAGGAUCAUUGCUCAGAAGAGUCUGUAGGUUUACAGUGUAGGAGGGAUCAUAUGUAGUGUUUGAGGAAAAUCUAAUGAUUGUGGUUCCCAUGGUUUUGCACGAGUUACUGCGUGACUUGCCAUGAUGAGAGAAAACAUUUGGCUUUGAGGUACUGUGUUGUCUGCAAAAGUCCAAAAUGAAGCCAUAAUGUGCAAAAAAAGAAGGAAAAAAAAAAGGUUGAUGUCUGUUCUCAGUGAGUGAGUGGACACUUUUAACCCCGGGGGUAAUGUUAAAUUGAAGCCACAGCAUUUCUGACAAUGUACUGUUUGGUUGGUUUGAAGGAAACUGACACAAUUAUGUUACUGGUCAGUUGAUAGAAGUCUGUUAAAAACACAGCAAUAUGUAAAUGUACAGAAGACAGUUGGGGCCAAAAAUUAAGUUCUGAAAUAAUGUGAGAAGUUGCAAAAAGAGUUAAAGUCGUAUUUUUUUCUCCAAACAAGAAUUCAUUCAGAACUUUUUUUAUAUGGCCUUAAUCCUCUUCUGUAAAUGUCUAAUGAUGCAGAACAGAAUGAUGUUUUUGAUUGUGAUUGGGUAUGAUGACAAUGUGAAAGGAAUCUUCAGCUGUCUCAAUGUGCUUUCAUUUCCUUUUGUUUAUUUUGGUUCCCCCUGUUUGUACCGUAAUGAAAGGGUGAGUACUAAAAGCAAGUUGUCAAUUGGAUGAUUAUAAUUCCUGUGAAUCCCCACAGCACUGAGGGUUACACCGGGUUUAUAAGCAAGUUUGGUCCCAAUGUGGGCUUUGUAAUAUUUCUCAAAAAAAGAAAUUUGAAGUGUUGAGUUUGUAGCAAAUACUAAUCUGUGUAAAGACAAGUGGAAAACUGGCAUAUUUUAAACUUUUUUACAUCUAAAGUGUGUAAUUCUGCUCCAUUAUUGUGGAGAUGGCUCUAAUAGGCUACUGUACAUGUGAAACAUUGCUCUCCUUCAUAGGGUGGGUGGGGUGGUCAUUUGAACCAGGGGCGACAUUCAAAAGGGACAGGGUGCUGAUUUUUGUAUGAUGGAGAGACAAACAUGCUACAACUGAAACUUUUUCUCAAGUGUUUUUUAUUCCAAUGUCUCUGUAUCCUUUAAUGUAUCUUGAUAAGAAAAGAAAUAAAGAAUUUUUUUUUCUUCGUGGUCA